AUUCACUCCACCUGCACACUUUCGCUCCUCCGAUCUCAGCAUCGUGGUGAAUUUCUGUCGACCUCGCCAUUUCCCCUCUUCCAGUUCACCAACCUGUCGUCGCGUUUUCUCCGUACAAGUGGCAUUUCCGAACUCGUCAACGUAGCGCCCGAGUGCUUUGUUUACAUUUGCCCCCCGGAUCACCUGACUUGGCGUUCCGACUUCCAAUUCUUACGCGAACGACUUGCCCACGCGUCAUUCUCUCUCAACGAAUGGACUGAGCAUUGAUCUCCCUUUGUCGACCCCGGCUUCUGGCCUGUGAAUUGGAUCGGAGAGAGACGUAGGCAACCUUCAGGAAAUAUCGACUUGCCAACCUUUGAGGACCUGCGAACCCUUCUCGCGAUCAACAAUGGGCGUCUCAGGCCUGCUUCCGUUGCUCAAGUCCAUCCACAGGCCAACCGAGUUGAAGAAAUUCGCCGGUGAGACGCUCGGCGUCGACGCUUACGGAUGGCUUCACAGAGGAGCCAUUGCCUGCGCCGUUGAUCUGGCCAAGGGCAACCCCACCCGCAAAUAUGUCGACUUCGCCAUGCACCGGGUGAGGAUGCUCAAGCACUUCGGCGUCACACCAUACAUUGUCUUUGAUGGCGACUUCCUUCCCAGCAAAGCCGCCACCGAGGGAUCCCGCGCUAAACGUCGUGAAGAGAGCAAGAAGUCUGCCAUGGAGCUUCUCAGAGCCGGAAAGUCAUCACAAGCAGCCCUCGAGUUUCAGAAAGCCAUUGAUGUCACACCAGAGAUGGCUCGCAAUCUCAUUGACGAAUUGAAAAAGAUGAAUAUCUCGUACGUCGUCGCACCGUACGAGGCUGAUGCUCAGCUUGUUUACCUCGAACGCCAAGGCCUCAUCAACGGCAUUCUAUCGGAGGACUCGGAUCUUUUGGUUUUUGGCUGCAAGCGGCUCCUCACGAAGCUCGACCAGUACGGCAAUUGUAUCGAGAUCAACCGGAGGGAUUUCUGUGCGGUUCGGGAGGUUUCUCUUACGGGGUGGACGGACGACGAUUUCCGCCGAAUGGCCAUUCUCAGCGGGUGCGACUAUCUCGAGGGCAUCAACAAUAUUGGUCUCAAGACGGCCUACCGGAUGAUUCGCAAGUACAAGACCGUCGAUCGACUGGUCCGGAUGAUCCAGUUCGAGGGAAAGCAUCGCGUUUCAGAGAACUACAUGUCUCGGUUUGCCCAGGCGGAGCUGACAUUCAUCCACCAAAGAGUCUACUGCCCGAAAGCGAAACGGUUGGUAUGUUUAACAGAACCAGAGGAAGGCAAGGGUGUGGAGGACAUGCCUUUUAUUGGUAGUUACGUCGAGCCGGCCACGGCCACAGCAAUUGCAGUCGGAGAUGUCAACCCCAUCACCAAGGAGACCAUCAUCCCCGCGCCCAUGCCUGGCUCCAAGACCGAUACGAAGAGAAGACAUUCUCAGUCUGCAGAGGCCCUUGCGGCUGUCUCUUCAUCAUCGACCCGCACGCGACAACCGACUAAACCGAUUGAUUCGUACUUCAAGGGCCACCAGCGUAUUCCGAUGGGUGAAAUGGACCGCAACUGUUUCUCUGUCGACCCAGAGAGAGUUGCCGCUCUUACUCACAAUGGCCUGGUACCCAGAGUCUUUCCCCUUCCUAGACCAUAUGUCGAUGGCACUUCGUCAUCACAGCCUACCGCAAGCUCUCGCCCGACACGAACCGCCCGUUCAAAUACUUCUCCUCGCCUCUUACGACGACGGACCGAGCCCAUCCAGGACUUACUGCAGCAACAUGCUCCCAGCAGCUCUGACGGAACCCGUCGUAUCACCGUCGGUGACGCGACAAAUACUAUCGACGACAUUGAUGCACUGAUGAGAGGCGGUUCCCAACGGCCUCCCAAGAAGGUCCGUCUCUGUGCAGACACAGAUAUUACCGAAACGAAAACUGAGGAAUCCCAAAAGAGCAAGUUCUUCUCCAAGAACGGAAGCUCCGCCAACAAGAACAAGGACAGUUUCCUGUUCUCAGACGACUCCAUCGACGAGGCGCUACUGAAUCUCCCCGACAUUGAUGAGUGGCAUGCCCCGAAGCCCAAGUCAAUAGCGGUCUACGAAGAGAGCCAGAGCACGGAUACAGGUACGGAAGCAACUGCCGGUACGGACAGCCAGUUCAGCAAGGACGGAGAAAUAUCAGCCACGCCGCAGACCGAUCUGUCCGAAGUAGAAGACGUCGAGCCGAGCAAGCCUGUCUCGUCGCUCCCAGAGAAGAACAUAAGACGGGCGUCAUUACAGCGAUUUGCCUUCAGCUCUCAGCCCAGCCCUGCCGCCUCAAGCCAGCCCGACACGCCGAGCACCAUUGCCUCCCAGCGUUCAUCAACUUUCACACCCUCGACCGCUGCUCCCUCCACUGCGGCGUCCUCAAUCACAUUUUCGGCUAGCUCAAUCGCAGCUGGCACGUCAAAGGCCACUCCUCUUCUCACCCCACUACAGCGGAUGGGAGCCCGUGCCCUCCAGCGCAAGAACCCGCCUGCCCGGCGGCCCCUGUCUCCUACUAAGAGCACGAUACAACGGAGCCCCAAGCGCAGUCCCCGGAAGAGCCGGCUACUCAAGUCAUUUCCCGUCAACCCGUCUUUUGUGCCUCUGCCCAAGGUCGAUCUGGCCGAGGUGGAGGCUCUGAACGCGCCGUGCGGAAGUGAAGAUCAGAUCAUCCCCGAUAGCGACGGCGAGAAUGACGACGAUGUCUUUGCCCACGACCUCAGCCAGAAGGACGACGGAGACUCCGUGCCCAAGACGCUGAACCUUUCUCGGUUUGUAUACAACUGAAGCGAUUAUUAAACACAUGUCGAUGCGAUACCCACAAACAUUGUGUCAUUAUUUUGUUCUAUCCACUUUGGAAGCAGGCGUUAAGAGUCACGCAUCAUUGAGGCGCCAUGAGCUCGACUCCUCCAGGGGGGAGAUUGUUUCCUGGGCACCCGGUCAUGUUCUCCAUCUCUCCCGACUCAGACCGGGGGCGGUAUUUGAUGGUCGCUAUUGAAGAUAAGGUCACCGAGGCGUACAGGCAGGAAGGCAUACAGCGUGCGUUAUCAUUUGGCACGAUUGGAGGUUACAAGGGACUACGGAACAUGAGAAGCAUGCCGGAAAGUCAAGAGAGACGGGGUAGCCAGGGCUUUUUGUAUGCAUUGUAAUCACUAGGACACCAUGGAGUUUUUAAGUAGU